GCGGUGAUCUCACCGCUCCAGCGACCGCGCGCCGUGCAGCUGGACGGAGCCGCAACUUUGUAGCAAACUUUCAGCCGCAGCGGCGCGAGACAGCGGGGAUUAGCGGCGGCCGGUGGCGCGGGAGAGGCGCGCGGGGGCGGCGGGCAGAGCUCGCGGGCUGUGGCGGGGUCGGGCUGCGGCUGCUGUGGAGCUAAACGCGGGGAAACGCUGCUUAGUAUUUUGAUCAUGCGAGGCAGCGGCUGAGAAGCGGAGAGGGGGAGAGAAAGGAGGACAGAAUACGAGAGAAUGAGGCUUUUUCAUCAUUUUAGAAGACCGCGGUGCAGGCCUGAGUGCUAGUGCAGUAACGGCUGCAGGAUAUGGAACCAAAGGAUUAGGAGGUUUUUGCUGAGUUGGAUGGAAGCCUGCAGUGUCGGAGCCAUCUGCAGAAAUGUGCCGCGCUUGAGGCGCUCGCUUGGUGAGGCGUCACCAUGACGAGCCUUAAGCACUCGCCUUCUGAUCAUCCUGUCGUGGGGACGGUGCAUGCCUCUGAAGACUUUUACACUCGGUCCUUACGGCUGAGUAAUGGAGGGGCUCGUGGUGUGCGGCAGGAGAACGCUUAUCAGGCGGGGGGGAUGCUCGGAGUGCCGAAAAUGGGGGUCCGAGCUCGAGUCGCCGAUUGGCCUCCUAGGAGGGAUGGGGGAACGUUGCGUCUUGGCGGUUCAGACGGUGAAACCAUGAGCAGCUACACAGCUGGUGGUGGCUCGAGUGGUCACCCCAAACUAGGGACCUUGUUGAGUCCUGAGGAUUCCACCAUGCUUCACAACAUCCACAGGACUCUGCAGAGCAAGUUGCAUCCUGCCAGUUCUGGAAGCUCAACGGAAUCAUCAACGCAUUUGCUCACAGUCGGUGAUAACAGGGGCUCAACACAGAGGAGUACCAGGCGAAUCCGACAGCGUAGCAACAGCGACAUGACCCUAAGCGAGCUGGAUGGUAGUGGGGACAGUGGGGAGGACUGGGGAUCUGUGGGCACCAAGUGGUCGCCGCUGCAUCGGGAGUACGGCAGCACCUCGUCGAUCGAUCAACACGGUAUCGCAACAUCCACAGGGGUCUCAGGGAACAGCUUCUUUGAGAUGCUGAUGAGCUACCAAGGGGAAAAGCAAGACCAGCGUAGUCCUGCUCCUGAAAGACUGGCGGAGCUGCUAAUGGCCUCUCAUAAGCAGGAUCUGCUGGACUCAGGGGAGGACGUGAGGGAUGGGCCAGCUUCCAUUCGGCUGAGAGACAAACAGCCGAAGAGAAGAUCCAAAUCAGAGACUGGCGGAGAGUCAAUUUUCCGGAAGCUCCGCAGUGUAAGGGCGGAAGUGGAUACUCCGAGGGUGGGCGCUAAUGCAGAGGACGGGCGUCUCGAAGAUCCCAAACCUCUGCUGAAACCCUGGAUGUGCCAAAAAGGCUUUGCGCACUACGACGUGCAGAGCACGCUGUUCAACCUGAACGAGGUGAUCCAGAACAGACAGAACUCUGCAGCUUUACGCAAAAACACUACAUCUGGUGCCUCCGCCGCUUCAGCGUUUUCCACCUCGGCGACCUCCACCCUGUCGUCCACUCACAGCCUGCCCUACAGUUCUCCCGGCGGCAGCCAGGAGGAGCUAAGCGCUCGAGACAGUCCAUCUUUCGACGCAGUCGACGACGAGGGCAACGGCCUGGUUCUGAGUUGCCCCUGCUUCCGUACCGAAACCGGAGGCGACAUCAGACACAAGUUCGGACUGUCUUUACCUGCAGACGUUGGCGGUGGGAGCUCUAGGGUACAUGGGAUUGAUGAUCCUACAGUAAACUCCCACUGUAACAACGCAGGAGUCGCUGUGGUAGAGGGACCCAAGGAUGCGCCCAGUCUACUCAACGACCGAGACAAGCAGUACAUUAUUGAACAUGUGGAUCUUGGGGCUUAUUACUACAGGAAGUUCUUCUACCUUAGAGAGCACUGGAACUAUUUUGGUGUGGACGAGGCGCUGGGCCCUGUGGCUGUAAGCAUACGGAGGGAGAAGUUGGAGGAACACAAGGAGCACGGCCAGCAGUACAACUACCGCAUUAUCUUCAGAACCAGUGAGCUGACCACCUUGCGUGGCUCAAUACUUGAGGACUCAGUGCCUUCCAGUGCUAAACAUGGUACCACUCGAGGACUACCUCUAAAAGAAGUGCUGGAUUACCUGCUGCCGGAGCUGGACAUCUCCUGUCUGAGACUCGCCCUCAAUACGCCCAAAGUUACAGAGCAGCUGAUGAAACUGGACGAACAGGGGCUCAGUUUCCAGGUGAAGGUGGGGAUAAUGUACUGCAGGGCGGGACAGAGCACGGAGGAGGAGAUGUACAACAACGAGACAGCCGGUCCUGCCUUCGAGGAGUUCCUGCAGCUGCUGGGAGAGAAAGUACGACUGAAAGGGUUCACCAAGUACCGAGCCCAGCUGGACACCAAGACGGAUUCCACCGGCACACACUCUCUAUACACGGCGUACAAGGACUAUGAGAUCAUGUUUCACGUGUCGACCAUGUUGCCCUACACUCCGAACAACAAGCAGCAGUUGUUGAGGAAAAGGCACAUUGGGAACGAUAUUGUCACCAUCGUCUUUCAGGAGCCGGGUGCUCAUCCCUUCACACCUAAAAACAUCCGCUCACAUUUCCAGCAUGUCUUCAUCAUCGUCCGAGUCCACAACCCCUGCUCGGACAACACCUGUUAUAGCGUUGCAGUCAGUCGCUCGGGUGAUGUUCCAUCUUUUGGUCCUGCCAUCCCUAAAGACGUGACCUUACCCAAAUCUACCGUCUUCAGAGAUUUCCUCCUGACCAAACUCAUCAACGCGGAAAACGCGGCUCACAAGUCGGAUAAAUUCGGCGCCAUGGCGACUCGGACGCGGCAGGAGUACCUGCGGGACCUGGCCGAGCGUCACGUCACCAGCACCCCCGUGGAAUCCUCCGGGAAGUUCCCCUUCAAAAAGAAGAAGGAGAGGAGUCGGCCGUACGGGGGGGCGGAGCUCCGCAGCCUGGGCGCCAUCACCUGGGCGGUGCACGUGGAGGACCAGACCGCAGGUGCGGAGCGGGAGGGGCUUCUGGCCAUCUCCAAUGAGUUUGUGCUCAUACUGGACCAGGAGGCCAAAGCUCUGGUGUUCAACUGCUCUGUGAGGGACGUGAUUGGCUGGUCGUCGGGAAGCCCCGCCUCUAUGAAGAUUUAUUACGAGCGAGGCGAGAACGUUUCACUGCGAUCCAUAAACAACAACACUGAGGAUUUCAGCGAAGUCGUCAAGCGUCUGGAGCUGGUGACUAAAGGCAGUCAGACGAAGGAGAUGACCCUGCGCAGGAACUCUCUGGGACAGCUUGGCUUCCACGUGAACUUCGAGGGCAUCGUGGCGGAGGUGGAGCCGUACGGAUUCGCCUGGCAGGCAGGCCUGAGGCAAGGCAGCCGAUUGGUGGAGAUUUGCAAAGUGGCCGUGGCAACGCUCUCCCAUGAGCAGAUGAUCGACCUCCUGCGCACCUCAGUCACUGUCCGAGUCGUCAUCAUCCCCCCGCACGACGACUCCACGCCACGCAGAGGAUGUUCGGAGAUCUACCACAUGCCUCUGGUGGACUACAAAAACCACAAGGAGGGGAUGCCCUACGAGUACAAGUUCCCCUUUCACAACAAAAACAACAAGUGGCCUCAGUCCACUGCUGCUCCCCAGACUCCUGCUCCCACUGCGCAGAAACGCAGCCUAACCCAGGGGGCGACGCUGAGCAAGACCCAGGCUUCAGACUACGCAAACCGCGGCUCCAUCAUUCCACGCAGCGUCUCCAGCGAUGGACGUCCACUCAACCCUAAAAGGUACUCUCCAGGCUCUGAUAACUACGCUCUGGCUUGCUCCAUCGUGAUGGGCCGAUCCCCGCACACUCGCAACUCCCCCAACAACCAAUCAUAUUCCAGCGACUCCAGCUCCAGCUCCACACACUGGCGUCAAAAGUCCGUUCCUGAUGGAUAUAAUGCUAACCGCAGCUCCCCACUGAUUUCUGAGCGGCAGAAUAUGAAAGAUGGUGUGAGGGUUCCACCAACCUGGGCCAGAGUGGUGGAGGGAGAAGGAUCCAGCAGGAGUUCAGAUUCAACAAAAGCAAAGCCAGUCUUGAGCAACGCUGAUCAGCAUAGUGCAGCACUCUACCCCAACAACUCUAAGAGCGACUCCACAUCAAUCAGCCAAUCCAGCAGCAACACGCUCUCCAGCAACGCCUCCAGCUCCGCCCACAGCGAUGAGAAGUGGUACGAAAUAAGCGGGAGAACUGCGGCUCAGCCGGAGUCGGACCUCAACGGAUUCACCGUCACUUACCUGCAGGGAGCUUCCGCCGACGGCCUCGCCGAAGCCCCGCCCUACGGGUCCGGCGGCAGGAGCUCGGACUGUGUUACGGUCAGCAUCACCGCCAAACCCAGAGAGAAAGCCUCGGCUCAGUGGGGCGAGGUCACGUCUGCUGCAGCGAUUCCUCCCAGUGCUUCAGACUCUCCCCUUCAAUCAGACGCCCCCGAGAACCGGACCAGGAGCCCCCCGGCUCCAGACCCCAGCUCCCAUACCCUCAGUGAUGUAGCUUCUCAUUCCAGUACUCUGAGUUCUGUACACUCAGGCAGUCCGCUGAGCUCGACCCAGGAGGAGUUUGCCCCCUCCGCCUCCUCCCCCACCCAUCCCUCGCUCUCUCCCGGCCCCAAGAGCUUCUACCCCCGCCAGGGAGCCACCAGCAAGUACCUGAUUGGCUGGAAGAAACCCGGGAGCACCAUCAACUCUGUGGAUUUCGGUAACAGUCGCAAGCGGCAUCAGAGUGACGGGCAUUUGGGCGGGCAGCCCCAGCUGAGGGCCACGAUGAGGGUGAACCUGUCCCCUCAGCACGCGCCCAGAUCUAAUAUAGAGGAGGAUCUGAAGAAGCUCAUCACUCUGGACAGUCCUCCUCCCUCCUGCAGCAAGCCUUCUUUCUCCUCCUCCACGCCGUUCCCUCGCUCCCUGCAGCGCACCUUCUCAGACGAGAGCAUCUUCAGUGUCCAGAGGGAGCCGCUGUCUGCUGCACAGAGUGACGGUCUGUUCGGUCACUCCACCAUGCCCCGCUCGCCCACCAAUCGCAGCGCUCCCCUGCGGCAGAACUCCUACACUCAGGGAGCCAAGUCUCUGGGAGAUCUCACCUCCACAGACGGCAGUGUUUUUGAGCAGGAGCCCCGCAGACCCCCCCUGCAGGAGCCCCCCCUCAUCCCCCUCCCAGACGCCAGUACAGACAGUGGACUGGACUGGUCUGACCUGGUGGAUGCAGCCAAAGCCUUUGAAGUUCAGAGGGCUACGUUCUUGGCAGCCAAAGAUGCCGGUUGCAGGUCCGAGGCGUUAACCACUAGCUCCCAGAAGGCCGAGCUGCAGACUGCCCCACAACAACACGUCUCACCCAGUGAAAACCCUCCCGGUCUGGUUGGGAAGGUUUCUGAGUUGGAGUCUAUGGUGAAACUACUCCAGGACAACCUGCAGAAGGAGAAAGAUGCGAAAGCCUCCCUGCAGGCCGAGGUUCAGAACCUGAGAGCAGACAAUCAGCGACUGCAGGAGGAAUCCCACAAUGCAUCAGCCAAACUCAAGAAGUUCACAGAGUGGGUUUUCAACACCAUUGACAUGAACUGACUCGAUUCCCAUGACGACGUGCAAUUCAAACGCUGUGAUGGCAGGAGAUGGCAUUACUCAGCCUCUUAAAGUUGAGGCAGGAUGCUAACACCAUUAGAAAAUUCUGGAAUGAAGCAGGUGUCCAUCAUGACGACAAAGGUGUGUGAAAAUUUGUUUCUGAACUCUGGUCAUACCUUCAUUAUUGACAUAAAUGUCAUGGCACUUUUGGUCUUUCAUGAUUUCUUUUUACCUGUCUUCUUUAAAAGAAAGACAAAAUUUUUGUGGGUUUAUUUUUAAUUAAACAAAAGCAAAAAUAUACAGUAUCAAAAAUAUACGGGGUUGCCAUCAGCUGCCAGAGCCCUGAGAGAGCACAGUUGGCCUUGCUCUCUCUGGGUAGAUGACGCUCUCUCCCCUCAUCACUCCUAGGGUGAUGUGGAUCAGCACAAGGCUGCGUCUGUGAGCUGAUGUAUCAGAACCGAGUCGCUGCGCUUUCCUCCGAGAAUUAGCACUGUGAUGCUAUUAGGCAAAAAGGUUAAAAAAGAGGCGGAGUCUGACUUCACAUGUGUCAGAGGAGGUGUGUAAUUAUCAACAAAUUAAGAGACUUUGGCCAGCAUGUAUUUGCUGUAAUUAUCUAAUUGGCUGUAUGACACAUACUUUGGCCCUGUAUGUAUAUAUUGAUUACCCUGUGUAGUAUUUAGAUAAUAAUGAAAAUUAUACACUGCUUUAUUUUGUUUAUUAAGACAUUUUAACACUUUCUGCCACAGAAAAGAACAGUUAAAAAGGAAUCAUUGAAAGCCCAAGGUUACCAUGACAUUAUGAGAAUAAGUAAAAUUAAGUAAAUUUACCACAACUGUAUAUCUUACAUUUACAGUUACAGAUGUAUCACAAAGUUUGGGCAUUCCUAGUGAUCACAUGACCUAUUUUAUUAAUUUAUUUCUAAGUGAAAAUACGUAUAAAUCAACAACAGUGAAAGUGAAUUCAUUUUUAUUUCUUAAAUUCUGCAAAUAAAACAGUGAUUUUGCAGAAAUAUUCCAAUUUUAGGUUGACUUAGAGUGCAGAACUCUUCACAGUUUUGGGCUUUUCCUGCUCAAGCUCACCUGGUUCAGCUUACCUGUUCAUUGGCAGGUUUAGCAGAUCUGUGAAAGCAGAGAAGUCAGUAAACUGUAGAUGAUUUGUUCACCUAUUAUCACUGAGAAACUCAAUGAACACAAAAAUACAAAAAUCUUAAUUGGAAUUUUUUUUAACAAAUUAACCCCAUCCCACCUUCCAUUGGACAUGACUAUGCUAAUUUAACACUGAGCAUGUAAUUUACAGGUUUACAGUUUAGUCUUGGUCUUUAUGCCAAAUAAUGGCCAUAAAUGAAGGCAUACUUACCAUUUAUAUUUAUUGUCUGGAGCUGAAGAGCUUAAAUUGCAAAAAUAAAUGGAAAAAUGGGGGUGUGGUAAAGCAUUUGACCGGUAGUGCACAUUCUUGCGGUUAAUUUCAGUCCUAACUCAAUAGAAUAUUGAUUGAAAAGGCAGAAUAUUCAGAGAAUUCUGGGACGAGUCUUUCAUUCUCCAUCUGUAAGGGAUUAACUACAGUCCCUCAAAUCUUCUCCGACUCCGAGCCGAACCUCAUUCCAUUCUCAUGCUCGUUAAAAGUGCGACUGAGGCGACGUUCUGAGUUUAGUGUCUUGUUUUAAAGUUGUAAACCUGUUUCUGUGUGUUUGUGUUAAACGUCAUUAAUACAGAGAGAGAGAGAUACCUGCGCUCAGUGUGAGACGUACGAGAGACGACCUUCUGUAUAUUAUAUUUUAGGAGUUUUGAUGUAAAGAAGAAGGAAACUGAAAGUACUGAAAGUGGAAAUAAAACCCCUAUGGUGCCAUAAGGUGAAUAUUUAUAUCAAGCUGUGUAUAACUACAGAGGCAUAAAUAGAUAAUAUCCCUUGUACAUUUACCGCACAAAAAGAAAAACUAUUUUAAAAAGAUUUAUUUAUUAGUUACAGUCAUUUAAAAAAUAUAUGGAACCAAUGGGAGAUAGAGCUACAGACAAGGGAGCUGCGUCAGAGCUUAUUGCAAGUGACCACUUGUAAAUAAUAAUAAAAAAAAAAAGCAAACUGGAACAUUGUUUUAUUUUUUUAUUUUUAUUUUUUAUUUUUUUCCAGUUCAUCUCUGUUUUGUGUGAAUUUGUGGACGUGCACAGGAGGGACAUCUGUUAAAAUAAAUAAAUAAAGAAGAACCACACGAUUGUUCAGAACUGGAGUUUUGUAUUAUUAAAAAUUAGUUCAGAUUGGUUCAGAUCUCUUUCUUUUUUCUUUUUUUUUUACUGAGAAAUGCCAACAGGAUCAAGACCCGUUUACAUGCUUGUUGAACUGAAACGGUUUCAGUUUUAAUAAAGUGAUGAUUUUGAUUUGGAUUCUGAUUGUGUUGCUCUGUGCUCACAGAGCUGAUUUUCCAUGCUCUGGAAUCUUCCGUUCUCUCUGCAGACAUGACCGGUUCCUCUUUCCUGUUGGAAACUUCUUCUGUGACGUGCUGCAGCAUGUUGUAAUGUAAUAUAUCCCUGAACAUCUGAUGUGUAAAGACAUUUAUUCCAUUAAACAAAAAUAUUUUGGGCAA